UCGUCGGACUGUCGCGAUGGCGUUGCUUCGCUUUGCGCGUCUAGCCGGACAGUCGUCGAAGCAGGCCUUUCCGAGUUGGCGCACGACACGCGGAAAAGUAGCGCGUGCAGAGCGACCACUCGCGAGCGAGCUUGCCCUGCGAAAAGACGAUGCGACUUUAUUGAUUUUCUCGUUUUCCUUCGCUCCCGGCUCAAGGCUGAUCGACGCAACUGCGGACUCGAGGGACAGAGAGCGCAAAAGCGUCACUUGGCAGCAGCCGUUCGUUCUAAGAAUGGCGAAGCCGGACGAAAGACUGGACUUGGACAAACCGCUCUGGGACCAGAGUACGUUCAUCGGCCGAUGGAAGCACUUCGCUUGGGUGACGGAUUUUCGCACGUGCAUCACGCCCGAAAACGAGCUCUUAGCCGCCAAGGAGUUGUGCGAAAAGUACAGGCUCAAGAAGGAGCCUCCAGGCACCACCGCGCAGCAAAUCAUUCACGCAAAGAAACUGUACGAGUCGUCGUUUCAUCCGGACACCGGCGAACUGCAAAAUGUCUUUGGUAGAAUGUCCUUUCAAGUGCCCGGUGGUAUGGCUAUCACCGGUGUUAUGCUGCAAUUUUACAGAACUACGACGGCAGUGGUAUUUUGGCAAUGGGUAAAUCAGUCUUUCAACGCACUGGUCAAUUAUACAAACAGAAAUGCAAACAGUCCAGUGACGACAAAUCAGUUAGGAAUAGCCUAUCUAAGCGCUACUUCGGCUGCUAUGAUCACCGCCAUUGGAUGUAAGACUUACUGGUCAAAAAGGGCCAAUCCUCUACUGGCUAGGUAUGUUCCGUUCGCUGCUGUGGCUGCUGCUAAUUGCGUCAACAUUCCGUUGAUGAGGCAAAACGAAAUUCUCGGAGGUGUUGACGUUACCGAUGAAAAUGGCAAUAAAUUGACCAAAUCACAGUUUGCGUCUGUGAAAGGUAUUACUCAAGUUGUGAUAUCAAGGAUUAUUAUGUGUGCGCCUGGAAUGUGUUUACUACCUCCACUGAUGGAACGUCUCGAAAGAAGAGCGUGGAUGAAGCGAAUCAAACCGCUUCAUGCACCUUUUCAAGUACUUAUGUGUGGUCUCUCAUUGUCACUUAUGGUUCCGACUGCGUGUGCGAUAUUCCCUCAAAGAUGUUCGAUUUCAUCGAAAACUCUGCAAAAGUAUGAGCCAGAAAAUUAUGAGUUACUAAAAGCUAACUGUAAAGGAAGAGAAAUACCACAAUAUUUGUAUUUUAACAAGGGUCUGUAAUAAUAUAAAUAAAAAAAGGCAAUUAGUUUUCUUCUAAACAAGCAAUGGAUAAACAAAAUCUCGUAUCAUAUCUACAUAGACACAAAGUUCAAAUAAGAUAAUUGAAAAAAAUCUAUUUUUAUGGAAUGUUGAUCUCUGAGAUAUGAAAAAUCAACACAAUAAUUAGUAAUAAUAAUCUUAUUUAAAAUAAAAACAGAUAAGGAUAAAUAUUUUAAGACAAUUAAGCUGUAUAAUUUUUGAGGAGUUGUUUUUUGCUCUUGUCUUCCAGAUUUUCAUGUUAAUAGACUUGAAUUCAAUGAGUUGUUUAAUCAAGAAUAAAAGAAACUGCAAAAGCAUAUUGUACUAAUGUGCAUUUAAUAAUCAAUCAUGUGUUAUAUACUUUUAAGAGUAGGGCAUUAAUUUAUAGCUUCAUUUUUAAAAUACUGCCAUGUAUGAGUUAAGUAUUUUGUUAAUAAAAAAAGUGAGUAACAGUUAAUAAAAGAAGUGUAUUUUUAUAU